GGAGGAGGAGGAGGAGGAGGAGGACCCGGUGUCUCCAUGCAGCCUCCGAGGCGCAGGGCGGGGCGACGCCGCGCAGCAGCAGCUUCAUCACCGCUGACCGACACCGACCUCCUGUUCGCCUCCAGGCCGCGGCAUGGACCCCGGAGCCCGGGCAGAAUCCUGUGAAUCCCCGCGGGUCCGGUUCGAGCUGCGGUCCGUUGAGAGGAAGAGGAAGAUGAAGAUGCUGGUGGCGGAGAAGCGGGACUGAAGCUCCUCACGGAGCAUCGAUGCAGCACGGAUCGCCAUUGUUUGGAUGCGCAGCAGACUGAGAGGGAGGAGGACCAGGCCGGAGUCCAGAGACAGACCAGCCAGCGGCACCAUGCUCCCCCCCAGGCUCCCCCCCAGGCUCCCCCCGCUGCUCCCCCCGCUGCUCCUGCUCUGCUCCAGCCAGAUCGUGGCGGCGUUCCAGGCGUCUUUGAACGACGAGGGUUUGAUCGUGGCGUCUCUGGAGCUCUCAGACCUGCAGGAGAACGUGACGGCGUACGCGGUUCAGAUCUCUGGAGAACCCCGACUGGUUCUGGUUCCGUUCAUGAACAGCAGCGAGUCUCUGGCGUUCAACGCCUCGUUCCACGGCCUCUGCUACAGCGUCGCUCUGCUGGUCCGACUGGGACCCAGCUGGUCCAGACCCACCAAGACCAUCCCCGUCCUCACCAAGCCUCUUCCCGUUGCCAGCGCUCAGAUCUCGGACUAUAAGGAGGCGCCAGAGACCGGCGUGGUGUUUGAGCUGGAGCCUCCGGCCAGAACCGUCUUCAGUCGAGUCAACAUCAGCUUCACUGAAGGUUCAGAGCGACGCUCGAUGCUCUACAAAGAUUUCUACCGAGGGAAGACGGUGUUUAAGCACUGGUUACCGGGCGUCUGCUACCGCGACAUCACCUUCCAGCUGAUCUCUGAGGUCACCGUGUCACAGACGCCGCUGGUGUCACGCAGUGACAUCACACACUCGCCUCUGCACCACCGCACAGUGCCCUACCCCCCCCUCAACAUCUCACAUAAGAUCAUCCACCUGAGCCAGAGGCCGCCUCCCCCCCCCCCCCCUCCUCCAGGUGAGCUUCCUGCUGGGGGGGGUCGGCGCUCCUCCCGCCAGGCCCGUGACGUCCCGCUGAUGGAGGAGGAGCAGGAGGAGGAGGCGGUGCAGUCUGAGGAGGAGACCCCGUCUGAGGAGGAGGCGCCCACUCUGACUCCCUCCGACUCCUCCUCCUAUAACCUGACGGGAGGCGUCGAUGGCGGCAGGUCGGAGGGGGCGGAGCCUCUUAGCUCCUGGCCCGAGGCCACUCCUCCUCCGGCGGACGGGGAGGAGGAGGAGUUCGUCAACGCCGUGGUGUCGGAGUACGAGGACUCCAACGAGCCGGGGUCGGCCAUGGCGCUCCCCCCCGCCGAGCCCUCGGUCCUCCCCACCACGCUGCCCCCCGUCCUCCUGGAGCUCCGCUGGCUGCCCCCCCGCCCCCCCACCAGCUACGACGGCUUCACCCUCUACGUCUACAGAGACGGGAACUCCACAGAGUCGGCCACUGUGGAUGAGAACACUCAUGAGUUCUUCACGGAGUUGACGGAGCCGGGGACGUAUCGGGUCCAGAUCAGGACGCUGAGUUCAUCCGGAGGCUGCGACGCCCGAGAGAGCAGCGGGGACACGGGCUUCAGCUUCUACCUCAGUCCCGGUGGAGACGUCCUGGAGGAGCUCCGGGACCGUCCUCAGUCCGUCUCCGUCCGGCUCCUGGACUCCAGCACGGCCGCCGUCUCCUGGGCUCCGUCCUCCCAGAACCACAACGGAAGUCUGGUGUCGGUGGUUUCUACAACCUGCCUGAAGCCCAGUCUGAGCCAGAGGAUGGAGAACACCUACUGCAGCGAGGAAAACUUGACGAGCGCCAUCAUCAGUAACCUGACGCCUGGAGCUCAGUACCAGGUGGUCGUCUAUCACACCAACGGACCCCUGAUCAGCCCCCCCUCCGAGCCCGUCAUCAUCGACAUCGAACCCACCGGUGUCCGUGAGCUGGCCGUCUACCCUCUGAGUCCGACCGCCGUCAUCCUGAGCUGGCAGCGUCCGUACCACGUGGCGUUCAGGAAGUACGUCCUGCAGACCUUCUUCUUCAACCCGGUCACGCUGGCAUCUGAGUGGACGACCUACUACGAGAUCGCCGCCACGGCCUCGGUCAUCGCCUCCGUGAGAGUCACCGACCUGCUGCCCGCCUGGUAUUAUAACUUCCGCGUUUCCAUGGUGACGUGGGGCGACCCUCCGCUCGGCUGCUGCGACAGCUCCACCGUCAGCUUCGUCACAGCUCCAGAGGCUCCUCACGUCUCCUCGGUGGACUACUCCCACGGCGUCCUCUAUGUCCGCUGGACGUACGGAGAGCUCUUCAUCGACCUGUCCCACUCCAGGAUGCUGCACUGGCAGGUGGUGGCCGUGGGGAGGAAGGGCCCAGAGAGGAGCUACUCGGUCGAUGUGACCCGUAACGUGAUGCGAGCCAGCCUCCCUCUGCCUCCAGGAGACAUCUACAACCUGACGGUGACGGCGUUUACCGAGCGCAGCAGGAACUCGUCCACGCCGAGCAUCAUCAAGCUGGAGCCGGCUCCGCCCAGAUCGCUGUUCGCCGUCAACGCCACCGACUCGUCCGUCACUCUGCUGUGGAGCGAGGAGGGAGUGGUCGACUACUACCAGGUCCUGUGUAGACCCAGCAGAGCCAGCAAGGAGCGCAAGGCCCGUGAGCCUCAGACGUCCACGUCUCACGUCCUCACAGUUUCCGGUUUGUUGCCAUCGUCCAGCUACAACUGCACCGUCACCAGCUUCAGCUACAGCACCCCCAGCCGGCCGGCCCUCAUCACCGUCAGCACCGUCGCUAAAGAGAUGAACCCCAGCGUCGCCGCCAUCUCGGCUCUGGCCGUCCUCAGCGUCCUCCUCAUCAGCCUCCUCAUCCUCUUCCUCCUCGUCCUCCGCAAGAAACACCUGCAGAUGACCAGAGAGUGUGGAGCCGAGACCUUCGUCAACUUCGCUUCUUUUGAGAGAGACGGGAAACUUCCCUACAACUGGCGAAGAAGCCUCUUUGCCUUCCUUACCCUACUGCCAUCCUGCCUUUGGACUGACUAUCUUUUGGCUUUUUAUAUUAAUCCUUGGAGCAAGACGGCUCUAAAGAAACGGAAGCUAACAAGCCCGGUGCAGCUCGAUGACUUUGAAGAUUACUUCAAGGAGAUGAGCAAAGACUCGGCGUACAAGUUCUCUCUGCAGUUCGAGGAGCUGAAGAGUGUUGGUUUGGAUCUGAGCCACGACGCGGCUGAUCUACCCAUCAACCGCCCCAAGAACCGCUACACCAACAUCCUGCCCUACGACUUCAGCCGAGUGAAACUGAUCUCGAUGCACAACGACGAAGGUUCAGACUACAUCAACGCCAACUACAUCCCUGGCUACAGACACAGUAAAGAGUACAUCGCCACCCAGGGGCCGUUACCAGAGACUCGUAACGACUUCUGGAGGAUGGUCCUCCAGCAGAAGUCUCCCAUCAUCGUGAUGCUCACCCAGUGUCAGGAGAGACGGAGGGUGAAGUGUGACCACUACUGGCCCUUCACGGAGGAGCCCGUCCUCUACGGCGAGAUCAGCGUGGAGAUGCUGUCGGAGGCGGAGUCUCCAGAGUGGACCAUCAGGAAGUUCAGACUGGGCUACGCCGACGAGACCCAGGACGUCCUGCACCUGAACUACACGUCCUGGCCGGACCACGGCGUCCCCACGGUCAACGCCAUCGAGAGCAUCCUGCAGUUUGUCCACAUUGUCCGGCAGCAGGCCAACCGGACCAAGGACCCCCUCAUCGUCCACUGCAGUGCUGGAGUGGGGAGGACCGGGACCUUCAUCGCUCUGGACCGACUGAUGCAGCACAUCAGAGAACACGAGUUCACCGACAUCCUGGGCCUGGUCUCAGAGAUGAGGGCCCACCGGCUCUCCAUGGUCCAGACCGAGGAGCAGUUUGUCUUCAUCCACCAGUGCGUCCUGUUGAUGUGGCAGAAGAAGAAGCAACAGUCCGUCACCUCAGACGUCAUCUACGAGAACGCCAGCAAGACAUAAUCUCUCCAGAUGCGUGGACUCGUCCUCCAGAGCUUCAGCUUCAUCAUCAGCAUCAGAACCAACAGCAGAACAUCUGGACGUCUUUACUUUGGCUCGGCGUCUGAGCAUGGGACGGAGCUCCGCCUCCACCACCCUCUGGACCGUGACCCCGCCCCCCUCUGGACCCUCUGGACCCUCUGGACCCUCUGGACCGGACGUCUUGGUUCAGAUCUGUUCGGUGGAACUGAGUCAGCAGCUUUUUGUUCUUUCUCAGGAGUCGCUGAAGAACCAGCAAGCACACGACUCCGCCUCCGAGGCCUCAGGCUCCGCCCUAAGAGACCUCAGACUCCGCCUCCCAGGCCUCAGACUGUCUCAGAGGACGUGUCAGGACGGAGGACGUGUCCCUCUGGUCCUUUUUGUUUUGCUGGAUCUUUACCGACUGGAGCUCGGGGUCGUGUUGGGUCGAGCUGCUCUGGACGUCGGUUUGAGAGACGGACUCUGGAACCAGACCAGGUUUGACGGACCACGUGUGAGGAUCAGCUGGUCGGCCCCGGUCAGAUCUGUAGGAACCAGAGGAACCGGUACAGGUUUACACCAGAACCCAAACUCUUUACUUUCAUCGGUUUUAAAUCCAGCAGCUGAAACACUUCAAACUUUUUUAUUAAUUCUAGUUUUUUCAUUUUUUGUUAAUUGUAAACGUUGAGACAUUAACACUUCUCAUAUUAAUUAAAAACACACUGCCCCCCCCCCCCCCCGGGUCGACCGCCGUCAGAAUAAGAGCUGGAACUAAAACAUUUAAAUCAGUUAUUAAAGCACAAAUCUUCACGUUUUGGUUCCACGAUCAGAUUUAAACACGUCGGAGCUCAAACUUUAAAACGUUGUCGUCCUAAAAGAGAGACAGGAAGCUUCAGACUCUUAUUUUGACGGCGUCAGCUGUUACUGUAAAUACUACGAUGCUAAACUCUUCUUUCGGUUUUUAAACUCGUCGUAAAUGUGAAUCGAACUUUUCUUCUUCUUCUUCGUGUCGUAGUGUCACUUCCUGAUCAGAGUGUUUGUGUGUUUCCUUCAAAAUAAAAUGUCCAGUUACACCUGUUGUUGUUUCCUUCAAAAUAAAAUGCACCUUUUAAAACUAA